AUGUUCACGGUGGUCAAGUCCGCCGGACAUUCGACUCCACGACUGGGCAGAUUGGUCCUCCCUGGCCGACAAGCGAUCGACACGCCGCACUUCCUGGCCAACACUUCCCGCGGCAUAGUCCCACACAUUACGCAGGACACAUUCAAGCGAGACACUGAUCUCAAUGGCGUCUACGUUGCGCUCGAAGACUUCAUCGAACGAUCUCCAAAAGCACCUGUGUAUGAGCUGCCAGUCCCUGUCGGCAAGUCGCCGUUGCGAAGCUUCACUGCCUUGCCUCAAGAUACUCUGCUUGUACUCGGCGCUCGGAGGACUAAGCCCCUCGUUUCGCCCGCCGCGAAUUCCAACACCAACUCCUCUGUCUCGAUAUGUACGGCUGUAGGCUUUCAACAUCUCAACCCUCGCGACUAUGCAAAUGCCUCGGAAGAUCUGGGAGUCGACAUCGUGGUGGCAUUGGGUGACAUACCGUAUGGUCGUGCACUAGGAAGCAAGAGAGUUAUCAAGGCUGAGGAUCGGUCCAUUGCUUGGUUGCAAAGUCAUGCGAAGUUGCACAAAACUGAGAGGUCACGAUCAAGGUCGAACGGUGCAAGCAAACUGUUUGCAUCGUUGUUGCCUCUUCCAUGCUCCAAGCAGGAGGCGCUUGUGGACUGUGUCGCUGGAGAGGUGUCAGCCGACGUCUCGGGCCUUGCGCUGUACAGCCUUGACACGCUGGGUGAUAUCCCAGGAUAUCUCUCCGACCUACCACGACUCGACUUCACCGCACCCGAAAGUCCGCACGCAGUCCUCCAGCAUGUACGAGCUGGAAUGGACAUCAUGAUUGUACCCUUCACAGGUGCUGCUACAGACGCCGGUAUUGCUCUGGACUUCACGUUCCCGGAAACGGUUGAGAAGCCAACGACCGGACAUACUGCUGAUCUCGCAACACUUGGAAUCGAUAUGUGGAACCCUACUCAUGCGGUGGAUGUCUCUUCUCUCCGUAAAGGAUGCACAUGUUACGCCUGUACCAAUCACCACCGAGCUUACGUUCAACAUUUGCUGGCCGCAAAGGAGAUGCUAGGCUGGGUGCUGCUUCAAAUCCAUAAUCACCACAUCGUGGACCGCUUUUUCGCGGGCAUUCGCGAAAGCAUCGCGCGAGACACCUUCGACCAGGACGUCUUUGCGUUCGAAAGGGCGUAUGAAAGUGAUCUGCCGGACAAGACUGGGCAAGGUCCACGUAUGCGUGGCUACCAAUUCAAGUCCGAAGGUCCAGGAGAAGCGAAAAAGAACAAGCCUGCAUUCUCGGAACUCAAAGCCGUCGCAGACUCUCAUCCGGAGAUUAUGGUUGAAACCGGCCCGUAA